AAGGUCACCUUGUAGAACUUCAGCAUGGCUCUUCAAAAUUAUUGCAAAGCUGCCGUUUUAUCCAAAUAUUUCGGCCAUGGAGCGAAACUUGUCGCUGCGUCGGGACAGACAAGAUCAGCUACAUGGUGGACAAAUGUGGAAAUGGGUCCUCCAGACGCCAUAUUGGGGGUAACGGAGGCCUUUAAGCGUGACACCAGUCCCAAGAAGAUGAAUCUUGGCGUUGGGGCAUACAGAGGCGAUGAUGGAAAACCAUUCGUCUUGCCCUCUGUUAAAAAGGCAGAAAAAAUGAUAGUGGAGGCUAACAUGGACAAAGAGUAUGCUGGAAUUAUUGGGAUCCCAGAGUUUGGUAAAGCUGCCAUAGCUCUGGCACUUGGAGAAAACAAUCCAGUGUUAGCUGAUGGAAGGAAUGUCACCACUCAAGCCAUUUCUGGUACAGGAGCCCUCAGAGUGGGGGCAGCUUUCUUUUCUAAGUGGUAUAACCCCAGCAAGGUGUUUUAUAUUCCCACACCAUCUUGGGGCAACCAUACACCUAUCUUUAAGCACUCUGGCCUUGACGUGAAGUCCUACCGUUACUAUGAUUCUGCCACCUGUGGUUUUGAUGCAGCUGGCGCACUCGAAGAUAUUAGUAAUCUUCCAGAGGGAUCUGUUGUUGUUCUCCAUGCCUGUGCUCAUAAUCCUACUGGCGUGGACCCCAAGCAAGAGCAAUGGAAAGAGAUCUGUGAGGUAAUGAAGAAGAAGAAGCUAUUCCCAUUCUUUGACAUGGCGUACCAGGGAUUUGCUAGCGGCGAUUGUGACAGGGACGCGUGGGCUGUCAGGUACUUCCUGGAGCAAGGGCACAACAUAGCCCUCUGUCAGUCGUUUGCCAAGAACAUGGGACUUUAUGGUGAGAGAGCUGGUGCAUUCACAGUGAUCUGUGACAACAAAGAGGAAGCUGACCGUGUGAUGUCACAAGUAAAAAUUCUUAUUCGUCCCAUGUACUCAAACCCACCCAUCCACGGUGCUCGCAUCGUCAGUAAGAUCCUCCACACACCAGAACUGAGACAGGAGUGGCUUGGAGAUGUGAAAGGCAUGGCAGACCGUAUCAUCACCAUGAGGAAGCGACUGCGAGAUGGACUGGCCAAGGAGGGUUCCUCACACAACUGGCAGCACAUCACAGAUCAGAUUGGCAUGUUCUGCUUCACUGGCCUCAAGCCAGACCAGGUUGAAAGAUUGACAAAGGAAUUUUCUGUCUACCUGACCAAAGAUGGCCGAAUCUCGGUUGCAGGUGUCGCAUCUGGAAACGUGGACUACCUUGCUCAUGCCAUGCAUGAGGUGACCAAAUAGAGUGCAUCAACGUGUGGGGGUGUGUCAAAUUAGGACAUGCCAAUAAUUUUCUUACAUGCAUUUGAGACAGCAGAAAGAUAGAUAAAAGGGGUUGUGUUGUUUUUAUGGUACUGAAGUAGAGGUCAUUUUUUUAAAACACAGUUUUUAAAGAUGGAGAUUUCAGGGAUUCAGAGCGGAACACAAUUAAAGUAGUUUCAUAUCUGCAAAAGUCAAUUGUCUCAUUCUUUUUAUUAUUAUUAUUAUUAUUUUUUUUUUUUAUUUUUGUUGCGGCAAACUUUUAUGCUUCAUGAACUGCUUCAAUUGUCAUUUCACUUUGGAAGGAUUUGGGGUAAAAAAGUCCGUGCUGCCAAAACAUGGACAUGAAACAUGAAAUGCUGUAAAUAUUGUCGCAGAUACAUGGACUUGUUGUCAGCUGACUAUAUACCCCCUUGUAGCUGAAUUCAUCUUAAGUCUUAUAGCAUUGCAAUACAUCUCUUAUAUGAUGUAAAAGUCAGCUAUCUGUAAUUAUUACAUGUAUAGGAAAAUAUAUUGAAUGUAAGAUGAGAAACCAUAUGAUAGAUAGUUUUUGUGCCAUAAUGUUUUUGUUUUGUUUGGUGUUUUUUUGUUUGGAAUGUCAAAUUAUGAUGGAUUGUUGAUGUGAAAAACUUAUUUGGAAUUUACAGAUUUUAGAUGGCAAAGAUAUCACUUUAGAUCAUGAUAGAAAUCUUGUCUUUAAGUUCUUAAAACUGUUUGUAUUUGCCCCUCAGUCGAACAUAUUUAUGAUACUUUUGACAAUUUAUCUGGAAAUUUUUUCAGAGCAUGUUUGAACCUUGUGUUUUGGAAGUCAAUAUUUGUAAAAUUGUGUAUUAAAUUCAAUAACUUGUUAAUUUUAUGGUUCAAAGUAAUAAAUUAUAUAUGUUUAUGUGUAACAUUCUGGCAUUCUUGAAAGGUCAGUUAUAUUGAUGGUUUGGUGUGCAAACAGUGUUCAUUAGGUUAAGCACAUGGAAAGUUGUAAAUAUAGAUCCAGGAUUAAAGGUUCUGGAUGUGUAUGACUUGUGCAGGGAUGACAUUUUUCCAACUGUCGAGGGGAUUUUCAACUUUUUUGGUGCUGUUGAUGCUUACAACAGUUCUGAGAUUUUUCUGUUUAUCAGCAGAAUUCUGACUUUUUGGGAGCCAAAGGGUCUUGUCCCUGCUUAUGGUACUUAUGUGACAAAAGUCACUUUUUAGUUAGGUGAAAAACUGAAAACUGCAGUGCUGUGAAAAGAAGGCAUUUUCAUUUAAUAACUUGCACAGAGUUUACUUUUGCAGAAGUUGAUAUUUGGCAUUUUUUUAAAACUGCAAAUACUCAGGCUAUGCUUGCCUCCUAUUUUUUUUUCUAAAGCCUAGUCAACAGCCUUUUUCCCUAAUUUCCAGUAUAUCAUUUUCGAUUUCGACAAUGAUACACGUAUUAGUUACAAUAGCCUUGUUACAUAUUAUGCUUGAAUAGAUUAAAACUUGCACAUAAAAAUUGAAGUUCUUUAUAUUAUUUUGUAUUACUGAAGGCUUUUGGUGUAUGUAGGGGGUGUAGUGCACAUUUUGUCAUAUGUUAUUUUGCAAGAAUACAGUG